AUGUUCUACGCAGUUUUGUUGAUUGGCCUCAUGCUCGAGAUGGCACGGGCAGCGCAAGCCGGAGACGAAUGUGAAGAGGUAACUGGCAGUGACCCCAACACUUGCAAGACCUGUAGCGCCGUCAUCAACGGCAAGAAGUACUGUUCACAGUGCAAUGACAGUGGGUCUCAAUCUGCUCCGACAGACGGCAAGUGCACGGCAGACAACAACGAGUGCAGUACUAAGAACAACGGAGUAUGCACACAGUGUGCUCAUGAAUCCUUCAUGUACAAAGGCGGAUGCUACAAAAAAGCUACUGAGCCUGGUAACACGAUGUGUGAAACAGCAAAUGCUGGAGUGUGCACGCAGGCUAAGGCUGGGUACUUCGUGCCACCAGGUGCAGAUAGAGAUAAUGCACACCAAUCGGUCAUACCAUGUGGAGAUGUUGAAGAAGUGUUGGUUGGAAACAGCCACAAGUACAAGGGCGUGCUGCACUGCAAAGUGUGUGAUGCACCCAAAGCAGCAGCAAGUGAUACUAAUCCUGUGCCUGCCACGUGCACAACCUGUGAGGACGGGUUCUUUGGCCCCACUUGUGAAGCAUGCCAAGACGAGAAUUGCGCUACGUGUGCCGUAACAGGCAAUAACAAGUGUAGUAAGUGUAAAGGAACUGGUACUAAGACAUAUCUGAAAGUGGACGGUGGCAGCACAGGCACGUGCGUCGAAGCAUCUGGAUGUACAGCGGCUACGUUUCCAAAGGUCGAUGAACAACAGGGAAACAAGUGUGCUGCAUGUAAUAGUGCGCCAGAUGGUGGAAUCGCUAAUUGUGCGACGUGCAGUCUGCUCACUCAAGGAUCCAGAGCCACCCCUUUGGUCACAUGCUUGACGUGUGAACAAAACAAGUAUCUCACUCCAGAAAAGAAUGCGUGCUUAGAUGCCUGCCCUGCUGGAAUGUAUGCUAAUAGCAAGGUGUGCACCCCCUGCCACGAGUCAUGCGCAAGCUGUAGUACUAAUGCAAAAACGUCGUGUACGGCUUGCUACCCUGGGUAUGUGCUAAGCAAGGGCGACGAUGGAGCCACCGGCACAUGCAUCCCAGAGUGCACGGGAAGGUAUGCAGAGAACUGCGCAGACGGGCAGUGCACGGCCGUCGUUGGGGGCUCGAAGUACUGCAGCAAGUGUAAGGCUGGAUACGCCCCAGUAGAUGGUAUUUGCGUAUCGACAGCAACAAGAGAAGUCAUGGGAUGCACGCCAGGAAACGACGGGACAUGUACGGCCUGUACAGGUUCAUACUUCCUGCAGUCUGGCGGGUGCUAUCAGUCGACAGCAUACCCAGGUAACACAUUAUGCAGUAGCGCUCAGAAUGGACAGUGUCAGACAUGUGCAGCCAAUGGACAAAGCCCAGCCGGAGGAAAAUGUCCGGAAUGUUCUGAGGGCUGUGCAAAGUGUGGGGCUAGCAAUUCGGAUGUUUGUACUGAAUGCUAUUCUGGAUAUUAUAGAACUGGUACUGGUAAGUGUUUCAAAUGUGCAGCUGAUAGCGAUAAUGGAAUAGUUGGUGUGCCUAAUUGCGUAAGCUGUGCUCCUCCAACUAAUGGUCAAGGAUCUGUCAUCUGCUACAUAACGCGACAAGAGACUGACGAUGGCACCGGCGGAGACACUGGAGGAGACAGCAUGAACAAGAGCGGCCUCAGCACAGGCACCAUCGCGGGGAUCUCUGUUGCUGUGAUUGUCGUCGUCGGAGGGCUUGUCGGCUUCCUCUGCUGGUGGUUCGUGUGCAGAGGGAAGGCGUAG